CUCGGGCCGCACUCGGAAAAUCAAUGCGCAUGCGCUGCUUUCUUUUUGUCCAAUCAACUGAAAGCGGUUUGGAGAAACGGGUUCGAGAUCAAAGAAACAAUCCUCCUUUUUCCCGUGCCCAAGAUGUCUGCUACGGCUGUUCUUGCGCGUGUCUUGUGCAUCUUGUGCAUGUAUGGUGCAUUAGCGGAGCUUCCAAAAGCUAGAUUUGAAUAUAAGCUAAGCUUCAAGGGUCCGCAUCUUGUACAACGUGAUAAUUCUAUUCCUUUUUGGGAGUACAGUGGAGAUGCCCUUGCUGGAGAUGAAGGUAUACGUAUCACACCAUCCUUACGAAGCAAGAAAGGGUCUGUGUGGUCAAAGAACCCACUUGUAUCACAGAACUGGCUGCUGGAAGUGGCAGUCCGAGUGACUGGGCGGGGCAGAAUAGGUGCUGAUGGCAUGGCGAUAUGGUUCACAAGUCAAAAGGGAACUGAAGGCAGUGUGUUUGGCAGCAGUGACCAGUGGAAUGGUCUCGGUGUUUUCCUGGAUUCAUUUGAUAAUGACAAUCAGCAUAACAAUCCCUACAUUAUGGCAGUUGUAAAUGAUGGCACAAUGUCCUUUGAUCACAACAGCUUGGAGAGUUUUGGGAGUGAUGGGAGCAGUCAGCAGCUAGGUGGGUGCCUUCGUGAUUUCCGUAACAAACCUUUUCCAGUUCGUGUCCGUAUUGAGUAUUACAAGCAAGCCCUGACGGUGAUGGUGAACAAUGGCCUAAGCAACAAACCAGAUGACUUUGAGUUAUGCAUGCGAGCCGUCAACGUUAUUUUGCCACCCAGUGGCUAUCUGGGAGUAUCUGCUGCCACAGGUGGUCUUGCAGAUGACCAUGAUGUGCUGUACUUUAUAACACACACCUUACAUGAACCUGGGGCUGAGACAGCAAAGGUUUCUGAGGAGGAGCGCAGAAAAUUUGAAGCCGAAUUUAAUCAGUACUAUAAAGACCUGGAGCGUGCAAAGGAAGAUUACCAAAAGGAGAAUCCCGACAAAGCUUUUGAUCCCUAUGAUUUGCCUCAGGACAAAUAUUUUGAAAGUGAGAGUCAGCGAGAAUUGAAACAGAUUUUUGACGGCCAAAUGUCCAUCCAUGACACUGUUAGAGAACUCAGUCGCAAACUGGAUGAGCUUCUUGGACGACAGGAGCUAGUUCUAGCCAAGGUCUCCAGCAUUCCUGUAGGACAGAUUCCUGCUGCACAGCAGGGAAGUGUACCACAACAACAGCAGCAGCUGUAUGUAGACACAAUCAAGCGGCAUGAGGUGGACCGUGUCCUGAAUUCACAGACAGAAGUGUUGCAGAAUCUGCGAGAUCUUCGUGCCAUUGUCAAUGAUGUUCAGGCACGGACAUCGGCUCUACAAACUUCAGGGGGUGGAGGUCAGGGUGCUAAUGUCAACCAACAAAUGGCAUUGCAUGAGAUCAAGGACCGACUAAAUGCAGUCAGUAAUGAUGUUUCCUUACUCACCAAGCGUCCACAACCACCAGCGAAUGCAGCAGAGUGUCCCCCUCCCACAGCUGGGUCCUGUGUCACCCAAGUUGUUUUCUUUGUAUCCAUGGCAAUCCAGAUGACUCUUUUGAUUGGUUACAUGGUUUACAGACAAAACAAAGAAGCAACAGCCAAAAAGUUCUACUAAAGAGAUGGGAGCAUAGCUUCAGGGAUCUGAUUGUGUAUGUGCGAGUGUGAGAGUUUUUUGGGGGUGGGGGGUGAGUGAGAACAUGUACAGUGACACGUUAUGUACACCGAGAUAGGAAUGUUCUGAAUGAUAAACAGCUGAAAGCUUGUGCCUUACAUGUUGAAAGCAUUCCAUUAUACAAGUUCAUUCAAGGUACUGUCUAAGUAACAGGCCUUUCCAGGAUGUGUUAAGCACUGCACACACUUUUUAUUUUAAAUCAGUGACAUCUCAUGUAGCUUGUGUUUAUGCAUGUUUUAAUUUCAGAACACAUCUCUGUUGAUAAGGAAUGUUUUAUGUCAUUGGGACUGCAAUGAGAUUGCUUUGCAUGCUCAACAAACUGUUCACCAUCAUCUUGACUAUAAUGCAGUACUGCUUAUUCCUAUUUAUUUCCAGCCAUCUAGUUAAGGCAAGCUGUAGGUCUCUAACAUUUGGCACAUUGACAAAUUACUGCAAAAUAAAACUGUUCCAUAUUACUAAUUACUUAAGUUGAAAGAGGGUUGUUUUGGAAAAAUUCCUGCUAUUUUCCUCAGAUUCACCCUUUUGGCAAGAGGAAAGGGCAGCUCAGAUUUUGUGAGCCUUUAGGUGGCUGUGCAAGUUUUUCCUCUUUUCAUGAAGAUUUGCUCCCCAGUAAAUGUGCAGUUAUUAGUCAUUCAUUAGACAAGCAGAUUUGUUUACACCCUGUCAAGUGGUGGCAUCAGCCCCAGCUAUUUUACUGGUCACAUUUUUGUCAAGAGCUGUGGCUUUUUUAAGGGGACAUUAUUAACAGGAUUUUGUGUGUGGGUGCAAGUAAUUGAAGGAUACUGUGCUAGACACAUUGGGAUUGUGUUUUGAGUAAAUGACUGGAUAAUAAAUUGCAAUACAUAUUAAUAGAAUUAUCACCGAUUGCCUGAUUAUAAGCACAGUAAUAAAAAUCAGAUGUAGGGUCACAGGGUGGGUAGAGACAUUGUUUUUAUGGAUUUGUUAUGGAGCCAACAUCCAAAUUUGUUAAAAUCUACAACUUUUUCCCUUCAUAUUUUAAAUUGAUGUACAUGCAAGGAAUGAAUUGUGGGCAUUGUUACUCAACAAGUUGUGCAGAGUAAACACAUUUAUUGCAUUCUGGUGAUGUUGCCUUAAUAUUUACAAGGUACCAUCUCUGACCCACAUACAUUCCUUGUGUUGACCUGCCUCAGGAAAUGGACAUUGUGUCUUGUUGGCAGGGUCCGUUUUUUUUGGUUUUUUAAUUCGGCUGUUGGUUGUAUUUAGAUAACAUGAUUCUAUUCGUGAUAAUACGAACUACACAUUGGCUGUUGUGGCGGCAAAUCAUGCCUCUGGAGUUCUUCCAUGAAAAUGUUGCUAUAAGUUAAAUUGUGUGUUCACUUCUAACCUUAUGUCAUGUUUAAGGCCGUAUGUGUGCAAAUUCACAUUAUAACAUUGUUCAGGUUUGUGCGUUGUGUCAGAAAUUAGUGCUACAGUAUGUUGCUGUGAGCUUGGUAUUUAAUUAUGUAGUUUUUGUGUCAUGUGUUGGGCUAUGCUUGUGGGAUGAGGAAUAUGGCAGGCAACCCUGCAUGCAGAAUUGAUGUCUUGAGACUUUUUUUUUUUCAUGAAGAAUAUAUUUGGAUCGUGAGAUUGUGCAUAUAAAAAUUGUUGAAAUAUGUUGUUGCCACUAUGAGAGCUUAGGUGGUGCAAACAAAAGCACCACUAAUGCUUCAUUGAGAUUGUGGGGUAGAUGGGGGGUCAUUUUGCACAAGAGCACUGUCAGGUGCUCGCUCACACAUUAUCAUGCAUUUGCACAAGAUUUGCUGGAAAGCAUCACUCAAGAUUGUGUCAAGAUGUAGUGUUCAUGAUUUUUGCAUGGAAGAGGAUAGGAGUCCAUAUGUGAUAGGUGAUUCUUUUAAAGAUACAGACUGAUGGGAUGUAUGGUGAGUCACUAAUUGCUGCAGAUGUUUUUCUGUGAACAGAUUGAGGUAUAUUGUUUUAGAUGAUGUUUUAUAUGUUAAAGGCCCAAAUUCCAUCUAGCAGGAAAGAAUGGUUUGACCUGAAAGGUUGCAUAUUAAUCUAGAUGGUAUUAGUGUGUUUGGAAUACAAAAUGAUAUCUUAUGUAUUAAAGGCCCAGCUUUUUUCCAUCAUUUGGCAGGAAAGAGUGGAAGUCUAGUGUUGAUCAUAUAGAUUAUGCUCAGAACCACAGACUACAGGAACAUGGUAGUCUGGACCUUACCAGCAACUGCUACUUAUGCAGUAAACUUCAUCUUAGUGCAGUGUGAUCAGACUUUGUGUUAAAGAUUUGUCUCAGACUUCUAGUACUGUUCUUUGUACCAAAAAUUCUUGGUGUCAAGCCAAAUUUUUUUUUUUUUUUUUUCAUCUCUUAAGUGCAAGAGGGUUAUUAUCUUCAGGCUUUACUGCUAUAAACUUAUUGCUUGCUUAGGUGAUUGCAUCUUCUGGAUACUACCAGUCAGGUCUGCUCCAUUUCAACAGAUUUUGAAUUCCCAUCUCCCCUUUAUUGUGUGACUGGGAUUAUGUGGUUACAUAGCUUCCAGUCUUUAGAGAGCUGGGGUUGUUCCUCUCGAAUCCUUUCAUGUGUUUCUCUCUAUUAUUGCUAAGACAUUUUGCCAUUGCUGUCUUCACUGGCAUUGUUUUCUCUGUCCUGUUAAGCUUAGAUGUAGUAUUUUUGGUACAUUGACACUGGUCAUGUUUUGAAGUUGCUUUAUGUGACCAUAUUGUAGAGCAUGUCUUUUACAGUAUAUUACAUAACUAGAGUUCUUGUGUUUCAAAAAUACUCUUUGAUACAUGCCUGAUAAUUUAGAAGUUCAUUUAUUUUACUUUUUUUUUUAAUUUGUCCCUACCUGUAAACAGCAAUGUAGGACACAUGGAAUUAUUGUUCAGCUGUGUAAAAUUGUGGUCGAAUACAACUAUGUAGUAGUAACUAGUAGGUUUGUUUGUUGUUUUUUUUUUUGGGGGGGGGUGUUUCGGGGUUUGUUUUUUUUUUUUUUUUCCAUGCCAUGCUUAGCUAGAGAUUUCUUAAAUGUCUCACGCUUGUCUCCCUUUCCGUGAUCAUCUGUGACUGUAUGCAAGAAGGGAAAUGCAUUAAUUUCUGUUUUUUGAAGUGUACCAAAAGGAGACAUUGCUCCCUCCUAAACUGGGAUAUCGGGCCUUCAAAAGAACCAUUUUUGGUCUACUAAUUGUCUUCCAGCUAGGCAGAGUGGAAGCAGUGAAUUGUGAGACAUGUAUACCAGAAGAGUGUUGAGCCGAAACAUGCACAGUUCGUGGAACCAGUCACCACCUCUUGCGUACGCCUAUUUCGAAUUAAGGAGAAUCCCACACAGUUGGUUACUGUAAUAGUCUUUCCAGUGAUUGCCAUACCUUAGCUAUCUUCGGGUCAUUACCUGUAUUGAUAUUGUCAAAGUUCGUGUUAACGCACGCCUGCUGUGUCAACUGUGUUCAGGUUUUGUUUGUGCGCGUGUUUUUGUGUUGUGUGUGUGGUUUUUAUUUUUUUGGUGGGGGGGAGAGGCUGUGUAAGUAAAAUAGUUUUCAAAAUGGACCUGUCUUUAGUUUUUGCUCAUCCCUCUACCCCUCUCAUUCCCAUGCGUAUUUAUAUUUUUUAAGCUCUUUUUUUUUUCCAUGGUGGAGGGCAUGUUAAUCGCAUGGAGCGGAAGUAGUCAUUAUCGUAUUGAAAAUAAACAUUCAAUCUUAACGUGA